AUCACCUUUGAACCGCUUUACCUUCACCUCUGACCCCACGACACGACGAAAGAACAAAGCUGCCCGAGUCCCGGCGGUUUACGUGAAGAGAAAACCCGCCAUAGAAGCAGGUUGUGGCGUCCCUCCCCUGCGUCCAGAGAGAAGCUAGCCUCUGAUUCGGCACCGUUGUCAUACUCAGAGCAAAAAUGGAAGAUUCCAGCUCUAAACAUUCUUCGGUAAAGCUGUGUGUUGAACAUCCUGGGAAGAAGAUGGAAUGUACAGAACACUCUGGGCAGGAGAUGGACCAUCCUGGACAAUCUGACAAUGAGAGUGACCACACAGAACACCCUGGGAAGGAGAGUGGACACACAGAACACCAGGGGAAGGAGAGUGUUAGCAUCGAACAUCCCGGGAAGGAGAGUGACAGCAGGGAGACUCAGACAACAGACAUGGGCCUGCAGCAGGAAACGUGUGAUGUGAACUUUCCCCAACCUGACAACACAUCAACCUCACAGGUACAGGAGAGCAGAGGCAAUAUGGGAAGGCGUGUGGUUAAACACACUGGUGAGAAACCCUACAUGUGUGAGAUGUGUGGGUACAAGGUAGCUCGGAAGUCUCACCUAACCGAACAUUUGAGAAUUCAUACAGGAGAGAAACCCUACAAGUGUGUGGAGUGCGGGUACAGGGUAGCUCAGAAGUCUCACUUAUCCAGACAUAUGAGAACUCAUACUGGUGAAAAACCCUACAAGUGUGACCAGUGUGACUAUUCUGCAGCACGUAAGUGGAGUUUGGAGCAACAUGUUGCAAAACACGGUGGUGAGAAACACAUGAGGACCCACACAGGAGAAAAGCCCUUCAAGUGCGACCAGUGUGACUAUUCUGCUGCGCAGAAAUCCACUUUGGACAAACAUCUGGCAAAACACAGUGGUGAGAAACCCUUCAUGUGUGGGGAGUGUGGGUACAGGGCUGCUAGAAAGUCUAACUUAUCCCAACAUAUGAAAACACACACAGGAAAAAAACCCUACAAGUGUGACCAGUGUGACUAUUCUGCUGCACAGAAAGUCACUUUGGACUCGCAUAUAGCUGCAAAACACACCGGUGAGAAACCCUACAUGUGUGGGGAGUGUGGGUACAGGACAGCUUAUAGGUCUACCUUAUCCCGCCAUAUGAUAACCCACACAGGGGAAAGACGUUACAAGUGUGAUCAGUGUGACUAUUCUGCUGCACACAAAAGUUAUUUGGACAAACAUCUGGCAAAACAUAGUGGUGAGAAACCCUACAUGUGUGGGGAGUGUGGGUACAGGACAGCUCGAAAGUCUGACUUAUCCAAACAUAUUAGAAUCCACACAGGGGAAAAACCCUACAAGUGUGACCAGUGUGACUACUCCGCUGCACAGAAGCGUCAUUUGAUCGAUCAUCAAACAAGACAUACCGGCGAGAAGCCCUACAUGUGUGGGGAGUGUGGGUUCAGGGCGGCUCAAAGAUCUAGCUUAUCCCGACACCUGAAAACACAUACAGGAGAAAAACGCUAGAUGUUCGAGGAAUGGGUACUAGGAUAACUCAAAUGUCGAAAGAGCCAAGCAUAUAUAAUAACCAACAGAGGAGGAAAACCAUACAACUGUUAUCAGUGUAAUUACUUUGCAGCUACGAAAUCUCACCUUUCAUAUAUACCAAAGAUAAGCGAAAGAAACUGAAUCCACAACGUGUGACAAAUAUACAGCAAACAGCUUUCCCAACCUACACAGUUACAGUUUAGUUAC